AUGGACAUGAAGAGGAGGAUCCACCUGGAGCUGAGGAACCAGACCCCGGCAGCUGUUGGAGAACUUGUCCUGGAUAAUUGCAAAUCAAAUGAUGGGAAAAUUGAGGGCUUAACAGCUGAAUUUGUGAACUUAGAGUUCCUCAGUUUAAUAAAUGUAGGCUUGAUUUCAGUUUCAAAUCUCCCCAAACUACCUAAAUUGAAAAAGCUUGAGCUCAGUGACAAUAGAAUCUUUGGAGGUCUGGACAUGUUAGCAGAAAAACUUCCAAAUUUUACACAUCUAAACUUAAGUGGAAUUAAACUGAAAGAUAUCAGCACCUUGGAACCUUUGAAAAAGUUGGAAUAUCUGAAAAGCCUGGAUCUGUUUAACUGUGAGGUUACUAACCUAAAUGACUACCGAGAGAGUGUCUUCAAGCUCCUGCCCCAGCUGACCUACCUGGAUGGCUACGAUCGGGAGGAUCGGGAAGCCCCUGACUCAGAUGCUGAGAUGGAUGGUGUGGAUGAAGAAGAGGAGGAUGAAGAAGGCGAAGAUGAGGAGGACGAGGAGGAUGAGGAUGGUGAGGAGGAAGAGUUUGACGACGAAGAGGACGAAGACGAAGACGAAGAUGUGGAAGGGGAAGAGGAUGAAGAUGACGACGUCAGUGGGGAGGAAGAAUUUGGACAUGAUGGAGAAGUUGAUGAAGAUGAAGACGAUGAGGAUGAAGAUGAAGAUGAAGAAGAGGAAGAAAGUGGGAAAGGUGAAAAGAGGAAGAGAGAAACAGACGAUGAAGGAGAAAUGAUUAAGACCCCAAAUAACUUGGAAAGAAAGAACUGUUCAGUAUUGGUUGGACUGCUCAUAUGGAUUUGGUAGCUGUUG